GCAGAACUUCGACGUUUCGAGCGAAGGCCCCUCGUCGGGAAGUUAAUCAAGACGAAACUAUCAAUCCACAGCUUUCUUAAUGUCUGCGGUGUCAAUAAUAUUAUAUAGACGUAUAUUAAUUUGAUUAUCAAUUAUAUUUUCACUAAGUCAUAACUGAUGCAUCCCAGCAGAGUCCAACAAGAUUCCGUGUGUACUAUGUUAUCAAACUCGCACUAGAAUACUCUAAAAUGACAACAGUAUUGAAAUUCAGUUCAUUAAUUUCCCCUCCUGUUGUUUUAUUGAAGCAGGACACACUCUACAACAAAGACUGAAAAUAAUAGUGUGGGAAUUACCAUAUGAUUGCACCCUGUAGUGUUGGGUAUUUCAUAAUAUCUUGUUGUCAGAGUUUGUCAAAAUCUCGCCAUGGAUGUUAAACCAGAGGUUGAAAUAAAAUUUGAAGAUCAACCAGCAAUCUUUCAUGUUGGUAAAGAAGCCAUAAAAGGAGAUGUUGGCAUAUCAAUCACGAAAUUAAUGAAAACUCAAAUGAUUAAAGUUGAAUUCAAAGGUGUUUGCCAAGUUAACUGGAAGAAACGAGGCGUGUCAGAUGAAAAAUGCAAAAGUGUUGAACAUUUUAACAUCGAAGACAAACUUCUUACACCCAGAUCUGAAUAUAAUGACCUAUUCCUUCGUCCAGGUGUUCAUCGUUUUCCCUUUGUCUUUCAACUUCCACCAGCAAUGCCUCCGACAUUUGCUGCAACGGACGGCAAGAUUGAAUACUUCGCCAGAGUCGUCGUUCACUACCGAGAUGAUGGUUCAAUGGUUUCAAACGAGGUUUGCGCUGAAGCGCCGUUAGUUAUGAAGAAAAGUAUCGGCAACUUUCCCCAAAAGUUCCUCCAAUGUGCCAAACUCAAACAACAACUUACCCUGCCCAAGUUUCUUUCCCGUCCAACCACAAUUGAUGUCGAAGCGAAGAUUCCUAAACGAGUGUACCACCGAGGCGAGAUCAUUCGUUUGACGUGUGACUACAGGAUCUUACACGGCUCUGUGAGUAGUGUGAGCGGUAUUUACGCGGUUCUCAUGCAAGGUUUCAGUGUGAUUAAAGCUAGUGGUCGAGAGAAGACCAAAACCCGUGAAAUACUCCGCGCUCCCCCGUUUCAAGGCAACGGUGAGGGAACACAGUGGAGUGAUACUUACAUGAAUAUACCAGAAGAUAUCUCAUUGACUGUUCAAGGAUGUGGUGGCGUUAUGAUCUUUUAUUUUAUUCAAGUACGAGCAAGGAAGUCUAAAGAAAGAAUUGAUAUUCCUAUUGUGAUUAUAGAUCGUGAUGAGAGUAAAAGUAUUAACCCAGGAAGCAAACGUCGUGAACGAAGACUCUCUCUCACAGGUACAACUGUAGCAGUACCUAAUGUCUUUCAAACAUUCAAUGCACUAAAUAGACAGGAUCCUAUGCGAGCUUCAACAACUUCUAUUGACUCGUUACAGCUGUAUUACCGGGACUGAAACACCGUCCUUAUCACUUGAAGUAUUUUAUACGAAUGUAUUAUAUUAAUAUAUAUUAUAACAGAAGUAAGAACAUAAUUAUAUAAUCAUAGUCAGACUAAUUUCUUUCAACAACAAUGUAAAACUAUAGAAUGCUGUAUCCCGCUUCAUUAUUCCCAAAAUGUCUGUUUUCGCAAUUUCAAGGAACUUUCCUGGUUUUUUUCAAAUCAACAAAUAACAAAGUAUAUUAACGUAGUCGUAGACUAAGUGGAAUUAGCAGUUUAAAUGUAAUUAAUAUACAGUAUUUUUCAUAAUUAUGACAUCUGUUAGAUGAUUGCCUAUUGUUAGACUAUAUAGAAUUUAGCAGUUUGAGUACAAUGAGAUAAAGUCGAAAUAUUAAGAGGUAUUUUAAAUAAUAAAUAUGAUAUUGAUUAGAAGUCCCGUUAACCCAGUGCCAUCGUUGCGUGGAUGGCUCCGGGUACGAGAUUGAUUGAUUAGUUGAAGUUGAGAUGUUCAAGGUAAAUUAAUAUCUAUAUUUGUAUAUUAGUAGCUGUACUGCUUAGGUAAAACACAAUAAAACUACAUAAGAAAUUUUAAGACUUUCUCCGUUUUAAAUGCAUCGCCAGGAAGUGUAAAUCACAUUGCAUUUAUAUAGAGCUUAUAGAUUGAGGAAAUUGUUUCCUGCUCAGUCC